AUGAGUGCUAUUACAGACAUUGUUGACACGGCUGGCGAAGACCAAAUGGCCUUCAGCGAUAUUGAAGAAUUAACUUCUCAUGGUAUUGGAAUGACUGAUAUUGUUCGUCUUAAACAGUCUGGAAUCUGCACCGUACAGGGAGUCCACAUGUCUACCAAGAGAUUCUUAUUAAAAAUCAAAGGAUUCAGUGAAGCAAAAGUAGAUAAGCUCAAAGAAGCGGCUUCAAAGAUGUGCCCGGUGAAUUUUGCUACGGCAAUGGAAAUUAGUCAAACUCGUAAGCGAGUAUGGAACAUUUCCACUGGCUCGGAAGCAUUGAAUGGUAUUCUAGGAGGCGGAAUUCAGUCCAUGAGUAUCACAGAAGUGUUUGGUGAAUUCAGAUGCGGAAAAACACAAAUGUCUCAUACCCUUUGUGUUGCGGCACAACUUCCUAAGGAUAUGGGCGGCGCAGAAGGAAAAGUAGCCUUUAUUGAUACUGAAGGAACAUUCCGCCCUGAUCGUAUCAAAGCAAUUGCUGAUCGUUAUGGCUUGGAUCCUGAUCAAACAAUGGAAAACAUAAUCGUUAGUCGCGCCUACAAUUCUGAACAGCAAAUGGACUAUAUUACGAGAUUGGGAACUAUCUUCGCCGAGGAUGGUCAAUAUCGACUUCUCAUUGUUGAUUCCAUUAUGGCGCUUUUCCGAGUAGAUUACUCUGGAAGAGGUGAACUGUCAGAGCGCCAGCAAAAACUAAAUAUCAUGUUAGCCCGGUUAAACCACAUUUCAGAGGAAUUCAAUGUAGCCGUGUUUGUCACGAAUCAAGUUCAAGCAGACCCUGGUGCCGCUCUCAUGUUUGCUUCCAACGAUCGUAAACCGGUCGGUGGCCAUGUCAUGGCACAUGCCAGUGCUACACGCCUGCUUUUGAGAAAAGGACGGGGAGAAGAGCGUGUUGCAAAACUCAACGAUUCCCCUGAUAUGCCUGAAGCAGAGUGUAGUUACAUUAUCACACCCGGAGGAAUUGCUGACGUGUCUUAA